CCUCCUCAGACAGAUAGAUUCUUGAAUAAUACCUUAAUAUUCCCUCCAUUCCAAAAGAAAAGAAAAGAGUAUCACUCACUCCUUUUCGUUAUUUAGAUCUCUCCUCCAAAUUCCAAUUCCUGUUUGAUUUUUUUUUUUUUUUUGAAUUCUCUCUGUGUGUAUUUGCUUUCUAUCUAUCUAUCUAUGGAGAAUAAGGAUUCCCUAGACAAAUUAAAUAAUACCCAACCAGAAAAGGAACAAGAACAAGAACAAGAACACAACCCUAAUUCUUCUAUCAAUCUUGUUGAGGAACAACAAGAAGAAGAAAGAAAUGGAUCCGACGUGGACCAACCCCCUCAGUCGCCUCGUCAACCCUCAUCAUCAACAACAACAACAACAAGAACUCCCUUUACUAAUCUCAGUCAGGUCGAUGCUGACCUCGCUCUUGCUCGUACCCUUCAGGAACAGGAAAGGGCAUACAUGAUGCUCCGAAUCAACAAUGAAGGUAGUGAUUAUGGAAGUUGGGAGGCUGGAAGCUAUGUCCUUGAUGAUGAUGACGACGAGGACGAUGAGGAUGAAGAUUUUAAUGAUCCACAUGAUGAGACUGACGAUGAGAGAAUUGAUGGAGCUGAUGACAAUGAUGAAGAUGCUUUCGAUGUCCAUGCUCAUGCCAACGACGACUUAGCUGGAGAAGAAAAUAACCCCGGUAUUGAAUUCGACCCUGCUGUCUUCUCUAGCGAUGAGGCCUAUGCAAGGGCCCUACAGGAUGCUGAAGACAGAGAUAUGGCUGCUAGAUUGUUGGCUCUUGCUGGGAUAAAUGAUUUGGAAGCUGAUGAGGAUGAGGACAUAGAGGAUCAUGGUGCCAACUCUCAGGAUGCAUGGGAGGAGCUUGAUCCCGAUGAACUAUCCUAUGAGGAGUUGCUUGCAUUGGGUGAUGUAGUUGGAACAGAGAGCAGAGGGCUUUCAGCUGAUAUAAUUGCUUCUUUGCCUUCAAUAAAUUACAAGUCAGGAAGCAGUCAGAACGGAAGCAGCAAUGAUUCCUGUGUUAUUUGUCGGUUGGACUAUGAGGAUGGUGAAACCUUGACAGCGCUUUCUUGCAAACAUUCUUACCAUCCUGAGUGUAUUAAUAAUUGGUUGAAUAUAAACAAGGUCUGCCCUGUUUGCAGUGCUGAGGUUUCCGUAUGUGGCAACAGCUAGUACAAUAUAUGGAUCGUCCUCUUCUACAAAUCAGAGACCAUUUGCAUAAGUUUGGAUCCAAUAUAAGCUUUUUUUUAUGUACACAAUUUUAUCAGCUAGUGUAACACAUGCCUGGUUGUAUCUAUGUUUUGAAGUGAAGUCCAUAAUCGGGACUAGUUUACCAUAUUAUAUUAGAUAUGGCCUCUCUUUAUUGAAUUGCCGAGCAUAGUAGCAAAGUUUUUAUUGGAUCUUUGAUGGUAACCCCCUAUAUAUAUAUAUAUUGAAGAUGGUUAGUUUUGCUAA